AUGGCGUCAAAAAAUAUGGCAAACCCCUCCGUCAACCCUGAUAUUGAAGACGAGCUCUUCCAGAAGGAAGUCGAGGCUGUCAAGACCUGGUGGUCUGACUCAAGAUGGCGACAAACCAAGCGACCCUUUACCGCUGAGCAGAUCGUCUCCAAGCGUGGAUACCUGCCCGUCGACUAUGCCAGCAAUGCCCAGGCAAAGAAGUUGUGGAAGAUUCUCGAGCACCGUUUCGAGACCCGUGACGCUAGCUACACUUAUGGCUGCUUAGAACCUACAAUGCUCACCCAGAUGGCCAAGUACCUCGAUACUGUCUAUGUUUCUGGCUGGCAAUCAUCAUCAACAGCGUCUGCUUCCGAUGAGCCCGGUCCUGAUCUGGCUGACUACCCCUACACAACCGUUCCCAACAAGGUUGGCCAUCUCUUCAUGGCCCAGCUCUUCCAUGAUCGUAAACAGCGCCAGGAGCGUCUCAGCGUCCCCAAGGAACAGCGCGCCAACUUCCUCAACAUUGACUACCUUCGCCCAAUUGUCGCGGAUGCCGACACCGGACAUGGUGGUCUCACUGCUGUCAUGAAGCUCACCAAGCUCUUUAUCGAGAAGGGUGCUGCAGGAAUUCACAUUGAGGAUCAAGCCCCCGGCACCAAAAAGUGUGGUCAUAUGGCCGGCAAGGUCCUUGUCCCUAUUCAGGAGCAUAUUAACCGUCUCGUUGCCAUUCGGGCGCAGGCUGACAUCAUGGGCUCCGACCUCCUCGCUAUUGCCCGUACCGACGCCGAGGCCGCCACUCUUAUCUCAACCAACAUUGACCCCCGCGAUCAUGCUUUCAUCCUCGGCUCCACAAACCCUACACUCAAGCCUCUCAAUGAUCUCAUGAUGGCCGCUGAAGCCGCUGGAAAGAGUGGUGCUGAGCUGCAACGCAUUGAGGAUGAGUGGCUUUCCAAGGCCAACCUCAGUCGCUUCGACCAUGCCGUCGCCGCUGCCAUUGACGCUGGCUCUUCAUCCGAUAAGGAUAGCCUCAAGCGGGAGUAUGCCGCCAAGGCAAAGGGCAAGAGUAACCUUGAGGCCCGAGCUAUCGCUCGUCAGCUGCUUGGGCGGGAUAUCUUCUUCGACUGGGAUGCCCCUCGAACACGUGAAGGAUACUACCGGCUUAAGGGUGGCUGCGAUUGUGCCGUGAACCGUGCCAUCGCUUAUGCUCCUUAUUGCGAUGCCAUCUGGAUGGAGUCUAAGCUACCCGACUUUGCUCAGGCUAAGGACUUCGCCGACGGUGUUCAUGCUGUCUGGCCUGAGAAGAAGCUCGCUUACAACCUUUCCCCUUCCUUCAACUGGAAGACAGCCAUGCCUCGUGACGAGCAGGAGACUUACAUCCGUCGCCUUGCUAAGCUUGGCUACUGCUGGCAAUUCAUCACACUCGCCGGCCUACACACAACAGCACUCAUCAGCGAUCAGUUUGCCAAGGCCUACAGUACCGUUGGUAUGCGUGCCUACGGCGAGCUCGUCCAGGAGCCCGAAAUGGACGAGAAGGUCGAUGUUGUUAAGCACCAGAAGUGGAGCGGUGCUACCUACGUCGAUGAGUUGCAGAAGAUGGUCACAGGUGGUAUCAGCUCCACAGCUGCCAUGGGCGCCGGUGUGACAGAAGACCAGUUCAAAUAA